AUGCGCUUUUGUCAAGCGUCGCUGGGUCUGGCUUGUGCCACCUUAGCCACAGCUCUGCCCGCCGCUUCAGAGCAGGGGGGCGAGCCUACAUGCCGAUUUGCUCAACAAUAUACACAGAAGCAAAUUCUGCAGGACCCUACCAAUUUCAUCAAUGAUAUGUUGUAUUGGGAGGGCAAGUUCCAUCAGAAUAACGUUUCUUAUAACUCGGACAAUGGCAUGUCCUACGAUGGUACCAAUAUUGACUUCGUGACUGGCGAGAGAACUGUCAAGCAUCCAUUCAGCGCCGCAAGCAAAGAGUCACUGCAAGUUAUGCUUUAUGCCCAUGCUAUCUCGGGAUCUGCGGAAGCUGCUCGUUUCCUCUCUCCGAGCAACCCAUCUGCAGCGCCUGGUAUCGCAGCUUCGAUCAUGGACCUCAAAUUGCAGACAUAUUUGAGAUUCAAUGAGACUUACCCAGGCUUUGGUGGAUUUCUACCGUGGUUUACCUCGAGCUCUCAAGACCUUUCUCCCACCUGGGACUGGAACAACCGUGUCCCUGGCUUGGAUAACGGUGAGCUUCUGUGGGCCGUAUACGCCUUUAUUCAGGCUGCGGAAAACACGUCAAACAAGUCAUAUAUCGAUCUUGCGAAGAAGUGGCAGACUUGGAUGGAUUAUACCGGCACCACUGCAGCUCACAUUUUCUAUCAGGGCGCCGGUAAGGUUUGCGCUGUCGUCGAUAUCAAGAAUCAGACACUUCCCGUCCACCACCCCGAGCAGACUUAUGCCUGUGAGGGUACCGAUAGCUAUCUCGAUGAUCCAUUCGAGGGAGAGCUGUUCACUUGGUGGCUCCAAUUCUUCGGUGGUCUCUCCGAUACUGAUAUCGAGGCUCUUUGGGAGUACAAGAGAGCUAAAUUAGUGAGCGUGGACUAUCACAUGGGCUAUAUUGGGCCGAUUACUGUCCAGAAAGGAUACUGGUUCUCCAGUCACGAGACUUGGAAGGUGAUGGAGAUGCCUUAUUAUGAUAUUGAUAUCAUUCGCCGCGUGUUCCAAAAUGCGGAGCGCGUUCGCACUUGCAACUCGGUUGUCACUAAAGUUCCUGGCAUGUUUGCCUCUGUCAACAAUAUCACGGACCCAUCCACUGGCGAUGUGGUCGGCUACAUCUCGAACGCCGGUAUCCCCUCAAUUGGGAGUCAGACAGUGCAGGAGCUAGACGUGAUCACUCCUUACAGUGUCUUCCCUACCAUCUUGUUCAACAAAGGUGUCGGAAUGGCCUGGUGGAGAAACAUGGCUAUUGCCAAGAAGAUGCAAAACAUUUACGGUAGCACCGAAUCAACCCGUCGUGAUGGAGCUGGAGUGUCAGCGCUCCUCACCUGGGACAGCAAGGUCACUACAGUGAACGCUAUCCUUGGUGGCGUUUCCGACUUGGUCCGCCAGAAAAUGAAGGCCGAGAAUAUCUACAACCCAUUUGUGAACAGAAUCGAGGCUGAGUACUCGCGGGUCUUCAAGAACCUCAAGGGCGAACAUGUUGCAUUUUGCCUCCCCCAGGAGACUGUACCUGAUUCUGGGCUCGUCGACUUCACUACUUGCACCUAG